GACCAACACCAUCCCCUCACACAGCCCUGGAAGCACAAGGAGUCGGGAAGUGAGAGGGACACCGUGAGAAGGCACCACAGGUCCAUCAGACCAGAGUGGUGUGAAUCGUGUCUGAGGCUGUAAUGACGCCGACAAUGAAUUUUCAAGUGGGACCUACCAAUUUCAGAAUGAAUAAUUUUGAAAAUGAGUUUCGAAAUGAACCACUGUUGCCACGAAGCAGGAAUGGGCUACCUUUACCAUCGCUCGGCAACAAGAGACCUGCAACGUCCAACACCUGCAAGUACGCUGUAGACACUUCAUUCUACACCCGUAAUAAUCCUCAUCCCAAGAGGGUCUAUCACAUCAAAGGUCUGAACAACGCACUGGUAUGUAAGGUGGAUGACGAUGGGGUCUGUCACAAAGUACCAGUCAGAUCAACAACACCUAAGCAAGAGCCCUUCAAACCGAAGCGGCCAAUCACUGCCAAUAUUCCCAUUAUGCCUCCAUCUCCAGCUCAUCUCAUCACGGGAUUGCCACUGUCCCCAUGUAAAGAAGAAGCACAGCCCGACCUGGGAUUAUUAUACUCUCAGGCUUGGCGGGAAGCACUGAAGGACCUAACAGCCAGAGUGGAAUUCUUUGAACCAGGAAGAGAAGCAAAAGAGGAAGAGAAAUGGACCAGCCCAUACUCUGGUGAGAGGGGGAAUCUUUGUUCUUCACCAUCACGACCAGUAUCACGGAGCUCCUCCAGACCAAACUCGCGUGCUGGAACUGGCGAAUGUGCAAGACUGGUGCUCUCAGUGGCAGAACGUGAAAUCCUUGUUCUGGAGCUGCUGUCUCAGAUCCUGCAGACUGAUUCACUUCAAGCGGUCCAGCAAUGGUUACUUGUGACAAGUCCAAAAGACAAAGAGGUAGUGUUGGAUAUGAUUCGAAUGGCAGUAUCUAAUAUGAGGCUCGCCAGCCCAGUCUGCACCAUGUCCAAGGAAGGUUCAGCUUCGCGCCAGACAGUUGAAGACCCAGAAGCAAUAUUCCGAGCACCAACUGCCUGUGAGAGACGUCGUGCGCGGUCUCAACAGCAAAAGUUGGAGGCAAUCUUGGAGAAAGAGCCAGAUAAAAAAGACUUCAAAGCACUGGAAACCACAAAGUCGCCUUGUCCUUGCCUACGCAAUGCACAGACCAAAACUGCAAAAAAGCCAAAAGCACUCGGAAAUGUGAGGAAAAUUCUCAAUGUGCCUUCCUCACCUAUAAUGGAAGGGAAGUUGUGUCAUAGUAAGACUGAUUUUAAUAAAACUUAAAAAGAAAAUAGCACACCCCUUCAGGAGUUUGCAACCAAUGAGCUCGCAGAGUUGUUAUCAGUAAAUUUUGUUUUGGAGAUAAUGGAAGUAUCGAUGUGUAGAUUAUGUCGUCCAACUUCCUUGAUCUAAAUUACAGAUUGGUCCAAGCACGUUCUGCCAUGCAAAGGAAAUGCAGGAAUUUUAAGGAACUUUAGCGUCAAGAUUCUGAUUUUAUAAAAUAGCAAUGUGGUUACUAUCUUGUGUACUUGUAGUGUGACUGUGCCAUUAAAGAUGGCAUGUCUUGCUCACCGCACAACUAAUCUAACAACACAAGCACUUUAUCUUAAAAGUCCUUUUAAUACAUUAUUUCAAGGUAUUGUUGACAGCAUUUAUCUUUCCCUGCAUGUUAUUUCAAGAUAUUGCUGGCAGCAUUUAUUACCUAUCCUUAAUUACCCAUUAACCAAGUGUCUGACUUGGGCACUUCAUUGGGUUGGGACUCGUGUACAGACCAGACCUACACAGACAACAAGUUUCCUUCCCUAAAGUCAAGAUGUUUCUUGUUAUGACAAUCAGAUUAUUUUCAUAAUCAGCACAACUGAUAUUAGCUUGCAACUCAAAUGUUCACUGAAUUUAAAAACCCCAACUCCCCCAAGAUAUUCCAGAUCAUUAAUUUAGGCCUCAGGAUUAUCAUUGAUUUAAUCACUAAUUUUCUGUACUGCUGCUCGAAGCCCAACAACCCUAUCCUUUUUAAUACAUCUUAACCAACCAAAAUGACUAAAAUUUCAAUUGGAUGCAACUCGGUACAUCCUUGGAUACAUCUGGUGUUCCUUAACCCAACCUUGACAAGAAAUACUCCUUAACCCACGUGAAACCAACUAUUACAGCAACUUCAGUGGACUUUCUACAUUCCUCAAAGUUCUAAUUUCUCUUUUAUUCUUAACCUUACUUUGUGUUCCUAUGUAUUUGAACACAUGAAUAUAAUGAACAAUUUGACAGGAAUUCCAAGCAUUUGUCAUCCUCCAGAAUAAUCCUCUUUGGAAACCUGGUUAUGAGAAUGGCACUGGUGAAUCAGCAUUUAUUGCCUGUCCCUGGCACGUGGAGGGUAGUAAGAAUCCACUGCAGUUACACAGAAUCAGACCAAAUAGGGAUGGCAGACUCCCGUCCCUGUAUGAGAUCAGUGAAGCACUUGAGAUUUUAAGACGAUCCUAAAUCAUUGUUUUCAUAUUUUCUUACAACAGAAAGGGACACCAUCUGGCCCACCAAGUCUAUGCCGGUUCUCAGAGCAUUCCCAACAAUCCCACUCCUCCAUUUAUUUCCCUGUAACCUGUUCUCUCUCACUUGCUCAUCAGCUCCCUCUGAUUCUCAGAUCACCCACUUACACUCGGGGCAAUUUGCUGUUGCCGAUUAGUUAACCCAUCAGCAUGUCUUUGGGAUGAGGGUGGAAUGGGGGGAGCGAGUGUUCACAGUGAGAACGUGCAAACUCCACAAAGGCAGCACUGGAGGUCAGGAUCGAACCUAGGUCGCUGGAGCUGUGAGGGAGCAGCACUGGCUGCCGCACCCUUCUCUGUACCAGUUCACCAUUUACAAGGUUUAUUAAACUUAAUGAUACAUCUUCCCAUAGUGAGGUGAAUUCGAUAUAUCAAAAUCUUCCUGUUAAAUAAAAAUAAGCCAAGCCUUGUUGCUUAUUUGAAGAUUAGUUUAACAGCCUUUGAG